AUGAGCAAGAAAUUUGAAUGUGUGCGAGUUGUAAUUCGAUGUCGUCCCUUAAAUGACACUGAAAAAAAGGAUGGAAGAGUUUGUACAGUGAAUAUGGACACAAAGAAUGGGUAGGUGACUGUCAGAAACCCAAAGGUACCGGAUGAGGUGCCGAAGCAGUUUACAUUUGAUCAAAUCUUUGACACUUAAUCUUUAUAGGAAAAUGUGUAUAAUUAGACUGCUUCUCCUAUAGUUGAGAGCGUGUUGGAAGGAUAUAAUGGGACGAUAUUUGCUUAUGGUCAAACAGGGACAGGGAAGACACAUACAAUGGAAGGAAAAGAUGAUCCUCCAACAUUGAGGGGUAUUAUUCCUCGAACAUUUGAUCAUAUAUUUGAGAGGAUAGAGAAUAUGGCGAAGAAUAAGUAGUUUUUGGUGAAGGUUUCAUUUUUGGAAUUGUACAACGAAGAAAUUCGAGAUUUGCUUUCAAAGAAUAUCAAAAACAAAUUGGAGAUACGUGAGAAUCCAGAUACUGGUGUUUACAUUAAGGAUCUGAGUAAAUUCAUGAUAGAGAGUCCUCAGGAGAUGAGAGAGAAAUUGUUACAUGGAAGAGAGAACAGGGCAGUGGGUGCAACAGCAAUGAAUUAGGAUUCUUCUCGUUCACAUUCUUUGUUCUAGAUAAUUGUAGAGACCAAUGAGAUGGUUCAAGGUUAGAGUCAUGUGACUGUGGGCAAAUUGAAUUUAGUAGAUCUUGCAGGCAGUGAGAGAUAGAGUAAGACUCAUGCAACUGGAGAUCGACUGAAAGAAGCCAUCAAUAUUAACUAGUCUUUAACCACAUUGGGUAAUGUGAUCAGUGCAUUGGUGGAUAAUAAAUCUUAACAUAUACCAUACAGAGAUUCAAAGUUAACAAGAUUGUUGUAAGAUUCUUUGGGAGGUAAUACAAAGACAGUGAUGAUUGCUAAUAUCGGUCCAGCUGAUUAUAAUUAUGAUGAAACUAUAUCUACUUUGAGAUAUGCUCAUAGGGCUAAGUAAAUUAAGAAUGAUCCUAAGAUUAAUGAGGAUCCAAAGGAUGCUUAGAUUAGAUAAUUUUAAGAGGAAAUUAUGAAAUUGAAAUAAUAAUUGGAAUUAUCAAUUGAAGGUGGAGAAGCUGUCAUGAAUCCAGGAUAGGAGAUGUUGGUAUAGAAGGUAGUGAAAGUUAAGAAUGUGGAUAAGAUCAAGGAGGCUGAGAAUAUAAUAGAGAGAGAGAAGGAAGAAUUAAAAAAGAAGAUAGAAGAGGAGAGGAGGAAGAUUGAUCAAUAAAAAAACUUAGGUGAAGAGGAGAAGAUGAAAUUAUUGAGGUAAUUACAAGAGAAGGAGGAGUAGGCCAAUAAUGCAAGGGAGACAUAAUAGAAACUUAUUAAGACAAUUUAGAAGAUGGAAUAGAAGUUAGUUAAUGGUCAUACUGAAGUUGAGGAAGCAAGGAGAAAAGAGAAAGAAUUGGAAGAGGCAAGGAAAUAGAUUGAAAAAGAGAAGGCUGAAGCUGCUAAGAGAGCUUUAGAAUUGUAGAAGAAGGAAGAAAUGAAUUUAGAAUUACAAACAAAGUACAAUUCAAUAAAGGAAGAAUUGGAAGAUAAAACUAGAAGAAUUAAAACACUUUAAUAAAAGACUCGUUAAUUGGAAUUUGAAAAUAAAGAGACUGAUGAAUUCAUGGCCAAAGAAAUAGAAGAUUUGCAAAUAAGAAAGAGAGAGAUUCUGUAAGAAGUAAAAUUGAAGUAAUUUAUUUUGGAUUAUUUCAUCCCUCCCAAAUUUUUGGAGACUAUGCAGAUGUUGGCUAUGUAUAAUGAAGCAGCUGAAGCAUGGACAAUCCAAGGUUUAGAUUAUUCUGGGAAGUUGACUAAAACCCAAAUCUAAUAAGCUAUGUAGGAACAGUAGUAGUAAAUGAAUGUGACUGAUCAGAUUAAUAGUGAAGAGAAAUUGCAAGAGUUACUCAGUCAUCCAAAUGUGUAUUUUGCUUAUACAGAGGAGGGAUUGAUAAGGGAGGAACAAUUAGCACCUCAAGAGAAGAAGAAAGUACAGAAGAGAUUGCAAUCUGCCAAGAAACCAUAAUCAGCCAAAAAGAGACCGUCAUCUAAAAGAAUUGAAUCUGCCAAAAAGAGUGCCAAUUUACAAGAGCAGAACUACCCAAAAGCCAAAGGACUUACAUCUAAAUGAGGAGCAUUAUUAAAUAUUAUAA